AUGAAAGCUUUAAAGUAGUGGAAAUACCCAAAUUCAGUAGAGAUAUCUGAAGCCAAUCAUUUGAUCUUAAAGAGAUUAGCUUAAAUUGAUAGAAGACCUUUUUAUAAUUUCAAAGAACAAAUGAAAGAAUUUCGUAAACAUCUUGAAAUAGUUGAGAAUCGAAAAAAAUGGUUUGCAUUAUCUAGAAGUUAUUCUCCAGUUGCUUCUCGUCGAAAGAAUUUGUGA